AUGCUGACGAUGACGAUGACGGCGAGUCUGACGGCGUGCAGUGAGGAGGCGUGCGGAGGCGGAGGAGGAACCGGGGGGGGCGGCGGAGUUGAUCUGAUGGAUGCGGAGGUGCCGGCGGUGAUGGAUAUCGACUGGGAGGACCGGCGCAACCCGCUCGCCGCCACGGCGUACGUGCGCGACAUCUACGCGCUGUACCGCCGCAUGGAGAGGGAGACGAUGGCGGCGGAGAGCUACAUGAGCCAGCAGGCGGACAUCAACGACAAGAUGCGCGCCAUUCUCCUCGACUGGCUGAUCGAGGUCCAUCUCAAGUUCAAGCUCAUGCCGGAAACGCUCUUCCUCACCGCCAACCUCAUCGACCGUUACCUGUCCCUCGCGCCCGUGCGCCGGCGCAACCUGCAGCUCGUGGGUGUGACCGCCAUGCUCAUCGCGUCCAAGUACGAGGAGAUCUGGGCGCCCGAGGUGCGCGAUUUCGUGUACAUAUCGGAUAACGCGUACAGCCGCGCGGAGGUGAUUGCGUUGGAGAAGGAUAUGUUGAACGCGCUGCGGUUCCAGCUCACGGCGGACCUACAGCCAUGCGUGAGGAUGAUGGCAGAGCUGCAGCACAAGGCGGGCAGAGGGAAUCUAACUGCCGUUUACAAGAAGUACAGCAACCCCAAGUUUGGAGAAGUGGCCAAGCUGCCUCAUGUGAGCGUCCCAACGCUUGCACCUGGGCAGUAG